AUGGGCACCCAUCUAUUGAACCAACUUGCCGCCUUGGCGGGGGCUCGACUCAGUCCAGCCGUUAUCGGGCUGACAGGGCUGGUGGCUGUGCUCCUCCUUCUCAUGCCGAGGGCAAGAGCGCUGCCCAUCGACGUUGUCUGUUCAAUCUACGUGGCCAUCUUCCAUCUGCCCUUCCGAUCCUCUCCCACGGACUACCUAUACACGAAACACGAGGUCCCGCUGCCGCCCACCAAUUCAACAUGGUCACGCUUGAAGGCCGCAACUACACUCAAGUGGACAGCGCGGCGUCGCGGACUUCGGCACGAGAAGGAGAUUGAAUGGGACGAAUUGGAUGCCGUCAAGGAUGGUGACAUGAUCGAGGCGUGGGACCGCAUCGCCGAAUGGGACCAACAAUGUCUGCAUCCUCUUAAGCUACAAGAGCUUCGUAACGUCGGCGAUACGCUUGCCGACAACGCCCUCGAUCACGUUGAGUCGACAGAGAGUCAGGUCAAGCUAGGACUGACCGACAAACUGCGCAGCAUCUACGAAAGCGCUUUUGCUGACGACGCAUCUGAAGAAGAGCGCACUGCUUGUCGAGAAUUCUGGGAGGGUAUCGAUCGCAGGCCUCCUCCAGGUGCUGGCGCUCUCGGGCUGGAUUGGUACAUAUCGCGCUAUGGCUCAGACAUCGUCCAUGGGCUCGAACACUGGCCGCGCUACCCGUCCACGGCCCAAAACGAACCGGAUGCUCUCUUCCCGAUUUGGACGCCACAGACCAGCGACAACAUCGAGACACACGACGAGUCGGCCGAGCAGGAAGCAGAGGCGGAAGUGCUGCGAAGAGGGCAAGAUGUCUUUUAUCGCUAUGCGGGUCCCAUGCUGACUGUUCUGCUUCAUUUCAGUCUAGCUGGUGGCUUUGCAUCGCCGAGAAUUACAGAGGUGCUUAAGCAGACGGCGUACCUCGUUCCCACCGCCGGCGCCGCUCACAAGAGCAGCGGUAAGAAUAGCAAAUCGACUCGUACUUCGGCGCUACCGACCGUCGAGGAACUCAGCAAAACUUUCAACGUGGACAAAGCGCGCGCAGAUCGCACUUGGAGUCGUCUCUUGGAGACGACGCAGUUCGUCUUGGACGUGGUCGAGAAAGCCGGCAGUUUACGUCCGCCUAGCUUGGCCGAGAAGGCAUCUCCGUCAUCUGGCUGUGCCAGCCCAGACUCGGGAGGCGAGGGCUGGCAGUCCGCCGUCCGUGUGCGGCUUCUUCACACUAUUGUCCGACGUCGCGUCCUCAAGCUGGUUGAUAAGCGACGCAACGACCCCUCCGAUGUGGGCGGCGCCGUCUACGACGUGGAGAAGAAUGGCGUGCCGAUCAACCAAGAGGAUCUUCUCGGCACACUGUGCGCCUUUUCGACGGCUCCUCUCGCAAUGCUGCAGCGCAUCGGCGUGCAGCCUACAGCGCAGGAGCGCAAAGACUACAUCGCUCUCUGGCGGCACGUUGGCUUCUACAUGGGCAUCGAGCCUGCUCUCUUGCGUCGUGUCUUUGGCGAUGCUUACACAGCUGAUCGCACUCUAUGGUGCACCAUCCUCCAUCUAUUCAGCCAGGUCGAAAUUCUCGGCAGUCAGUCGAAUGAAAGUGGGAGCGAGUCGGGACCAAGAAUGCAUGGACCCACCAUUCCGGUCCUGAUCGCAUGUGCAGGUCGCCCACCUUUCUACACGCCCCUGUCUGCGCACAUCGGCAUCUCGAGGCGCCUGUUGGGCAAGUCGCUGGCCGACUCACUCUCCCUUCCAGCCUCGUCACCUCGACGCGAGGUGCUGACCGAUAUUGCAUUCCUCGGCAUGCAAGUGCCCAUCCUGUUUGGUACUUUCUACCCUCGAAGGAAGUGGGAGAAACGCAAGCUGGAGCUCUCCCGCCCGCUGAUGCGGCGCCUCAUCGACUGGAGCUUUGGCAACAAACGAACGCGGUUCGAGAUGCCAUCCCACCCCGCCGCAGCCGCGUCAACGAACACAGCAGAUGCAGAUAGAGGCAACGUCGAGACCCGAUCCGACUCGCACAUUGAUGUGCCGGAGAACAAGGAAUACGUGCUGCAGCUGGCAAAGGAAUGGCGCUGGCUCAUGCGAGAGAUGAUUGCAGUCCUCGUCCUGAUGGCUUGUGUAGUCGUCGGCUUGAUCGCUGGGGUGUACCUGCUGUUUGCUCCUCUUGUGUCGUCUGUUUUUCGCUGA